AGAGAGAGGAACAACAGACAACCGCAGUGAGAAGACUGGGGAACUGAAUUACCCCCUGGAGGAACGAAGAAAGAAAGAAAAGGGAAACUUUUCUGUAAACUUCGCUUUCACUUGUUGUUGUUUCAGCCCCUUUAACUCUCAGAAGCACGAUCAUGAGCAACAGCAUCGGAGCGAUCACUGGCGCAGCAAUCCUCGGCCUCGUGUUCCUCCUCGGUGUCCCCGGGAACGUCUUCAUCAUUUGGAGCAUCUUGGCCAGAGCGCGGAGUCGCUCCAUCACCACCCUCCUGAUCCUAAACCUUGCCUUCGCCGAUGGCUUCCUCAUGCUGCUGACGCCCUUCUUCAUGGUGUAUUUGGCUCAGGGCAGCUGGAUUUUCGGCCAGGAGAUGUGCAAAAUCCUAUUCUACCUCUGCGCCGCCAACAUGUACGCUUCCAUAUUUCUGAUCAUGCUGAUGAGUCUCCACAGGCUGGUUGCGAUAGUGUGGCCGACGCACGUCGGCACGCUGACGAAUCGCAGGAUGCUCACACGGGUGCUGGCGGGACUCUGGGUUCUUGCUCUAGGACUCUCUGCACCCGUUUUGGUUUUCAGGACCAUCAAGGACAGCAAUAAGACUCUCCAGGUCAGCAAUGAGACUCGGAGUAUCGGGUGCUACUGCAAACACCAACAAUAUCAAUAUGUGGUGAUGCAGUAUGGUAUGGAAACAUUACUGGCCUUCUUGUUGCCAUACAGCGUGAUCAUAGGCAGUUACGUGUGCAUCCUGUGCAGAAUCCGCAAGACACGCUUUCGCAGAUGCAUCCGCAGCGAGAAACUCAUUCUGGUGAUCAUCAUCACCUUCGGACUCUUCUGGCUGCCGUACCACAUCAUAAACGUGGCGCAGGUUAUGUGUCUGUUCAACAAACACUCUAUUUCUCAAAUGCAAAAACAAAAAACAAAAAACUAAAAAAAAAACAUUAAACAUAAUUGUGUUUUCCUCACACAGGUGUCUCACGCUUUACAUACAAAAAAUUCAACAAUAGAAAAGUGAGUAACUUUAAACACUCACACCAGGACCUCAGCAAAUGAAGAGUCCAGUAUCUCUUAAACACAUUUAAUUAAACUGGAUUAGUUCACAUAACUUUUUCUAUUAAGUGUGAUUAACUUUUAGUAAUGUUUGAGUAAAACACCUUUAAACAAGACAAUUUUGUCAUUAGUGUGGAAAUCCAAAGCAAACAUUUUUAAAUUGUUCUUUUGUAGUGUCUCAGAUCUGCGAGUGGUUACUUCUACCGUGGCCUUUGUCAGCAGCUGCAUAAACCCCGUCCUCUACACCUUCGCCGGUAAGUCGUUCAUUCGGCGCGAUGGCCUGGCCUUCAUGGCGCGGCUGUUCGAGGGAACAGUGCUGAAAACGACGCGGAGGGUCCAGUGCAGCAACCAGAACAGCCGUGACCGAGAGAAGGAGACUGACGAGGGAGAGAGUCUCAAAGAUAAAGACACUGACUCCUCCUCCACUACUGCUAACUCCAGCUGGGUUAUUAAAGUUGUGCCGCAGAAAAAUGGUAAGUGAGCAUCUGGCUGCGGCUUGUGAUGGGACACUCAAUCUGCAGUGGGAUGUGGAUUUUUAAAGGUACUGCACUGUGGGUGAAUCCAGACAACUUGUGUUUUUUUAACAGAUGGAGGGUAAUCCAAGUUUGUAUUAUAAAAUAAAGACUGUGUACACCCC